CCGGAGAUGCUGCCUUCGCUUGACAAAACAAACAGUGCUGCUGUUUUAUAAAUAAACCAACCAGAGUGCAAAACGGGGCAGCUGGUGUAAGAAUGAAUGCUGACGACUGCAAUGGCCGUUCUUACAUGUCAGGCAGUGGAGAUUCUUCAACAGAGCGGGAGUUUUUUGCAGGGUUGAGGGGACCUACAGUGAGCACUCCUAACAGUCAGCACUCCUCUCCCAGUCGCUCCGUCAGUGCAAAUUCCAUCAAGGUGGAGCUGUACAGUGAUGAAGAAGCAGGCAGCGCACCGAUCGCGGAGAGAAGAGGAGAGAUGGAUGAGGGAUGGAAGGAGGAUAAGGGGGAGAUCAUGGAGGAUGUAGGAGAUGUUGGUGGAGGAGCACAUGGUCACGGAGGGACUGGAUCACCUGGGCCCAUACGACUACCCAAUGGAAAACUAAAGUGUGACAUAUGCGGAAUGAUCUGUAUUGGCCCUAACGUUCUCAUGGUACACAAACGUAGCCAUACAGGUGAGCGCCCGUUCCAGUGUAACCAGUGCGGAGCAUCCUUCACUCAGAAGGGCAACCUGCUGCGUCACAUAAAGCUCCACUCCGGUGAAAAGCCCUUCAAAUGUCCGUUUUGUAAUUAUGCCUGCCGCCGCCGUGAUGCACUCACUGGACACCUCCGCACACAUGCCGUAAACCAAGAGUGCUUGUUUAUUUCAGUCUCGUCUCCGACUGUGGGAAAGCCCUAUAAGUGUAGUUACUGUGGGCGUAGCUACAAGCAGCAGAGCACACUGGAGGAGCAUCGCGAGCGCUGCCACAGCUACCUGCAGAGUCUGGACCAUCAGCCCGCUCACAGCACCCAGUCUGCACAGGGUGAGGAAUCCCGAAGCAUGGAUGUGAUGGUCGACCCUCUGAUCCAGGCUUCCUCAGAAAAGCUGACCUUCAUCGAACGGGUGGCAAACAGCAUCACUAAGCGGAAGCGCUCCACACCUCAAAAGUUUUUGGGUGAAAAGCACAUGCGGCUGAACAUCUCUGAUGCACCUUAUGAGCUCAACUCCAGUCCCGAGAAAGAGCGGGACGUAUUGGGCUCCCACGCUGGAGGCGACCCUGCUGCUUUAUCUGGCAUGGGAAGUCGAUACAUCCGCACUGGCCGAGGAAGCGGUGAAGAGGUGGACUCCCCACACGCCCUACGCUUGCCCCCAGCUCACGCGCCCUGCAUGUCCGAGUUUACUCCCGUCAUCAGCUCUGUCUACGGCCAUAUCACACCCUUGGGUCAGCGGCUAAACUGUGCAGGGGGCAUCAACAUGGCACUACCGGGGCGAGAAGCCGGCGAGGGCCACGAAGACGUGCCCUUAGGACGCAGCCGUGCUGCCUCUCCCAGCAACGGCUGCCAGGACUCGACGGAUAACGAGAGCACGACAGAGGAGCAGGGCAUCGCCCCGAGCUCCAUCAACCACAGGGGACGCGAGCGCAACAGUCCCAGUCAUGCCAAAGAUACAGACGUGGAGGGAGACCGCGAGAGAGGAGGGGCGCUAGCUAAGGGGAGCCCUCGAUCCUCACCCUCAUCCGGUUUGGCCGUGCAGCUGGUGGACGCUGAAGGGCGGCCGGUGCGCUCGUUUCGCUGCGAGCACUGUCGCAUUUUCUUCCUGGACCACGUCAUGUUCACCAUCCACAUGGGCUGCCACGGCUUCCGGCAGCCCUUCGAAUGCAACAUCUGCGGCCACCGCAGCCAGGACCGCUACGAGUUUUCCUCGCACAUCGUCCGAGGGGAGCACCAAGUGGGCUAAACCACCUCGAUGAUGCGGGGAAGGGGGGGUGCGCAGGUGGGACGGGUAUUUAGAAGUGAGGAAGUCGAAGAGAGACAAAUGCUGCUUUUAGAUGAUACAGAGUCCAGUUUGGUCUGCACCAGAUCAGGAGAGGGACAUGACGUUUUAGCCGUUAGUCUUUUGCCUAGUGCACAAUACACAAUUUUAAGCUUUACUUUACAGGCGCUGAACAUUUAUCAGAGGUGCCAGAGCCUUGCCUAGAUACUAGUACUGAUUAAAUAAAUCCCCAGACCUUUGGGAAACCUAUUUUUGUUUUAUAUAUAUAUAUUAAUAAACAAUAAACUUGCA